AUGGCCAACAGCAUCGGAGACGCAAGUGAUACCGACAUCAACAUCACCACCCUGAUAGACAUCCUUCCAGUAGCCCAGGCACAUGAGGUUGCGAUCGCGAAGCUUCGCGAAGAUCUUCGAGCUGCUCACCAGGAGGUCAACCGAUUGAACGCGGAGGUCAACCGAUUGAACGCGGAGAACCGCGACCAGCGCUCCACUAUCUUCACUGCCAAUCGGGAGAUCGAAGAGUACAAGGCAGACGAUAUCGCGAAGCGUCUCAAGGAGGCAGAAGAGUCCGACACCCCCGCGCGCCUCACAGCUGCAGACGCCCACCAGCGCUGUGCAGAUCUUCUUGGUCAGGCGAUAGCUGCAGAACACAAGCUCGCGAAGGCUGAGGGUGAGUGCGCAGAGUUGAGGACUUGUGUCAAGAAUCUGGAGGAUCAGAAGAUUGAGGUGCGCGGUGAGUACGAAGAGAAGCUUGUCUUGUCCAAGGCGGAGUUCGAGAAGGAUAUGCGCAACGAGUACGAAGAGAAGCUUGUCUUGUCCAAGGCGGAGUUCGAGAUGACUAUGCGCAACGAGUACGAAGCGAAGCUUGUCUUGCCCAAUGCGGAGUUCGAGAUGACUAUGCGCAACGAGUACGAAGCGAAGCUUGUCUUGCCCAAUGCGGAGUCCAACUCGGAGAUCGCAUUGACCGCACCCGUCCAGAGCGUGGUCAAGAAGCGCCGUUUAGGAGAGCUUGAAGGGGCUGAAGAAACCCAGAACACGUUCACACUCCCGAAACGCCGCAAGGAAAAGAUUGUUGCCUGCGUCGAAUGUUUCCGCAACAAGACGAUCCGUCACUGUGACAACAGCCACACUUGCCCGGCUUGCGCGUCCCGAGGAUCUCCCUGCAUACGCAUGAAAUGCAACAACUACGAUGAGGUCAGUUCGGACCGUACUAAAUGCAUCUGA